AUGGGCGAAGACCUUGAUAGACUUGCCAAUGCAUUUAUUAAUACCAAGAUAAUGAGAGAAGUGUCACGAGUCAGGAAACAGCUGAGCAACGCGAAAAAGGACGUCAUCAACAAUUACUUUUGGGACAAUCAUGCCAUUGCUUUGCAACAAGAUAUUGUCGAUCGACAGAGGUCGCAAACAAAAUUGGAAACUAACAUCAUUAGUAUCGAAAGCUCGCUGAUGUCACAGCAUUCUAAACAACUUGAGCAAUCGUCAAUAAGCACCAAACGACUGCAGGAAUCAUCGCCAGCUUCGACUUCGUCCAAAAAACGACUUAUAAACUUAUCAUCAUCAACUUCACACUUGAAAAUUCCAUCUUUAUCUGAAGAAGAAUCAUCCACUCGACUGUCUAGUAAUUCAUUGCCAUCCACAUCCAAUCCGUUAACUGAAACAGAAAACUCACCAAAGCAUGCCACAGAUACAUCACCAUCAACACCCUCAGGACGCUUAUCAUCUGCUCCGAAGCUUAAUGACACGUCACCAUCACUGUUCUCGCCCACAAAAUCAGGACUAUUGCAUUCACCCGUCCCUAUUCUUGAAACCAAUGCAAUGUCAUCACCCCCUUCUCAGAAGUAG